AUGGCUGAACAACCACAAGAAACAUCAGAUAAAAAUGUUGAAAUUUGGAAAAUUAAAAAAUUAAUCAAAAGCUUGGAAGCAGCUAGAGGGAAUGGCACAAGUAUGAUUUCAUUGAUUACUCCACCUCGUGAUCAAGUACCACGUAUAGCAAAAAUGCUUGCAGAUGAAUAUGGUACAGCAUCGAAUAUAAAAUCACGUGUUAAUAGAUUAUCUGUUCUUUCUGCUAUUACGUCUGUACAAGCUCGACUCAAACUUUAUAAUAAAGUACCUAAUAAUGGACUUGUUAUUUAUUGUGGUACAAUAGUGACAGAGGAUGGUAAAGAAAAAAAGGUCAACAUCGAUUUCGAACCUUUCAAACCGAUUAACACUUCACUUUAUCUUUGUGACAAUAAAUUUCAUACUGAGGCAUUACAAGCAUUACUUGCUGAUGAUUCUCGUUUCGGAUUUAUUGUUAUGGAUGGUAAUGGUGCUUUAUUCGGUACUUUACAAGGUAAUUCUCGAGAAGUUAUAACAAAAUUUUCUGUUGAUUUACCAAAAAAACAUGGUCGUGGUGGUCAAAGUGCACUACGAUUUGCGCGACUUCGUAUGGAAAAACGACAUAAUUAUGUACGAAAAGUAGCUGAAACAGCUGUACAAUGUUUUAUAACAGAUGAUAAAGUAAAUGUUUCUGGAAUAAUUCUUGCUGGUUUAGCUGAUUUUAAAACAGAACUUCAUCAAUCUGAUAUGUUUGAUCCACGUCUUCAAGUUAAAGUAUUAAAACGAGUUGAUGUAUCAUAUGGUGGUGAAAAUGGUUUUAAUCAAGCUAUUGAAUUAGCUGCUGAAACGCUUGGUGAUGUUAAAUUUAUUCAGGAAAAAAAACUUAUUUCUCGAUAUUUUGAUGAAGUAUCAAGAGAUUCUGGCCAAUAUUGUUUCGGUAUUGAAGAAACUCUUAAAGCUCUUGAAAUGGGUGCUGUUGAAAUUUUAAUUGUCUGGGAAAAUUUUGAUGUUAUGCGUUAUGUUUUACGUAAUCCUCAAACACAAGAAACAAAAGUUUUAUUUUUACGUGCCGAUCAAGAAAAAGAAAAAUCACAUUUUCAAGAUAAAGAUACAGGUGUUGAAUUAGAACAUGUCGAAGAAAUGCCUUUACUUGAAUGGUUUGCAAAUAAUUAUAAAAAUUUUGGUACAACUCUUGAAAUCGUUACUGAUAAAAGUCAAGAAGGUUCGCAAUUUGUUCGAGGUUUUGGUGGUGUUGGAGGUAUUCUUCGUUAUAAAGUUGAUUUACAAAAUUUAAAUGUUGAUGAAGAUGCUGAACCAAUCGAUUAUAGUGAUUAUGAUUGA